CAUAAAGUUCCAAUAAAAAUUAAAAGGAACUCAGCGCGAUUUUUUACCACACAUAACUUUUUGUUGCUGCAACAACCCAGCAACUUUUACUUCUCCCCCUCUCCCCCCUCCAACCACCAAUGAGCAUCACAGUCGGACCUGACGCAUUCGCACUUCCACUUCUCCAUGCUGCAAAGUACCCUGACGCACUUGUCUGUGGUGUCUUGUUGGGUGAGGUCAAUAGCAGCAACGGCAACAUUGACGUGAAAAGCGGUUUAUCGUUGUUUCAUCACUGGGCAUCGUUGACGCCCAUGCUUGAGGUGGCACUUAAAAACGCCGAAUUGUACGCAGCCAAGAAAAAACUCAAGAUUGUUGGUUGGUACCAAGCAAAUGCUGGAUUAAAAGACACGACUUUACACGAGAACGUGAUUCGCGUUGCAGACGUUAUUCGACGCAACUCCGGACAAGCUGUUGUGUUUAUUGUAAAUAACGAGAAAUUGGGUCAAUUGAAUGAAAUAAAGGACGGAAGCGUGAUUUUGCCAUACACAUACUCAGAGGGACAAUGGAAAGGAAUAAAACAAGCAUUCACAUCGUAUAACCGAGUCAUUGAUUUCGACGAACAUUUGGAAGACGUAUCCAAAGAUUGGCUUUCCAGUAACACUUUAUAACCAACCUUCCUUCCCUCCGCCAUCAAUCCCCAACAUCUGUUUUUCUACAUGCAAAUAU